GCUGUGGAAAGAAAAAGAAAAGAAGGGGUCAAUCAGUGCACACGAAAACUCAAUUUUCUCCAGAUGCUUUCUUGAUUUUACUCGGAUUCCUUUGGAUAACUCUGAUGCAAGGAAACAAAGAUUGUUUGGCUUGAAUAUACUUAAAAGGGGUUGGUUUUGAUGAUGGACGGUACAUCUCGUGGCAUUAGCUGUAUGUCGAGCAUGAAAGCAGCUGGCCCUGUAUAUGUAUAAGAUUCCCCCCUGUGACUGUAAGCGGAUAAACUUGCACAUUUGUGUCUCUUUUUGGCUCAAUUUUUGUUCCCAUGUAAAAGAGAUUGCAUUAAGGGGUGAUUACAUUUGUAUAGUUUAUCUGGUCUUCGUUAUAACAAGAUGGCUGAUUUGAUUCUCUUUUAUAGGGCACUUCUUUGUUAGAAAAAUGAGGCGAUGUUGAGUCCUAAAAUCUAAGGUUAGAUUCUUUGAUUCCUUCAGCCCUAUAAAGAACAAAAAGAAUCUGCCAAUCACAAUACAGCCUGCUCAAAAAAGAAAAUAGGAAAAGAGUGUAAAAUUAAAAGAACGACCCAUUUGGCUGUCCCUUUCAGUCACCAAAAAGAAAUAUCCAUUAUAACAAAUUCCCAUCAACGUAUUUGUUUUUCUUCAAAGCUUCUCAGAGUGCUAGGAAAGUUGCACCCAUUAUUCAUCAUGGUGGGGCUACCUUACUCAGCAGGGAAUCAAGCAGAGAGAAAGAUAGAGAGGGGAGGUGGGAAUACAGGAAGAUAAAAACAAACCAUACACUUUUCUUCUUUCUCUCCUUUUGAGAGACUCAAAUUGAAGUGUGUUGCUUUCUCCGUUUUUGCUGCCUAUGAGAUUCUCUCCCUCUCCCCUUUCAAGUCAAAGAAGAAAGAAGGAAAUUUUUUAAAAAGAAAAAGUUAGUAUGAAAUGGGAGGUGGGAGAAAGGAAGAGCCACAGCUCAUAGCAUAUAUUCCCUUCCAACAUAACCCCACUUAUGUUUCCAGAUACGGAGUGAGAACAUCGGACAGCCCGACUACUCCGAAAUUAUAAAAGACAAUCACACAGCUGCCACAAUUUCAAGCAUAGCUGAAAAGGAUCAUAACUCAUAUUCAUGUUUCAGCCUUCCACUUGUCUAUCAUUCACCAAACAGAAAUGGGUCUGCAACAUCAAAGUAUGAACUUGGUUUUGUCUACUGAUGCCAAGCCUAGGCUAAAAUGGACUCAAGAACUUCAUCAAAGGUUUGUUGAAGCAGUCAAUCAACUUGGAGGUGCAGAUAAGGCAACACCAAAGAGUCUGAUGAGGGUGAUGGGGAUUCCUGGACUUACUUUAUACCACUUGAAGAGCCAUUUACAGAAAUACAGGCUAGGGAAGAGUCAGCAGUCCCUGUUCAGCAUUGAAAGCGAGCAAGAAGAUGACAAAGAGAUUCAAAGUAGUGAUGAUCAUUUCAAAGAGUCUGCAGUGACUCGAAGUAGUAGGGGGAUCUGCAGUGAUGGAAACCACCAUCCAAUUAACGAAAGCUUUCAGAUUGCACAGGCUCUCCAAAUGCAAAUGGAAGUGCAGAGGAAACUUCAUGAACAGAUUGAGGUACAGAGACAUUUGCAGCUGAGAAUUGAAGCUCAAGGGAAAUACUUACAGACAGUAUUGAAGAAAGCACAGGAAACUCUGGCUGGAUAUAAUUCUUCUUCAAUGGGUAUAGAACUUGCAAAAGCCGAGCUCUGUAGAUUAGUCUCAAUGGUUAAUAGUGGAUGUCCAAGUUCUUCAAUAUCAGAACUGACAGAAACAGGAGGUUCAAUUUUAAAAGACAUAGAAAGGACACAAAUGAGGAAUACAGUAUGUUCAAUGGAAAGCUCCUUGACAUCAUCUGAGAGUUCUGGAAGAAAGGAAGACAUGCAAAAAGAGAAUGAGAUUCAUGACACCAACAAGUCCAAUACAGCCUUUGUUGAGCUUCCUUUAAUGGAUAUUCACCCCCAAGAAAACCUAUUGGAUAAUGAUUCAAGUAAUCAAGGGAAGAAGAGGAGUGGUAGUAUCAUAUCUGAUGGUGUUUCUGUAGAGCAGCCCCUGGCUAGAAGAUUGAAAAAUGGUGAUCAGUUGAGGUUGGGGACGUUUGAUUUGAAUAGUUAAUAUCAACACGAGAUUGAAUCAGCUUCGAGAUGAAUAGACUUAAAGUCGAAGGGAAUUGAACAACUCAACUGGGUGCCUUUGGAGAAUCUCAGGACUUUAUACUGGAAGGGUUCUUAUUAAUAUAGUCUCUGCAGGAAAGUUACCUGAUAGAGUUAAAUCUUUGUUUAUAAACUAUGUAUAAUUGGUAUAUGUAUGGACCCAAGAACAUUUUUAAAGUAUAUCCAUAUAUAUAAAAAGAUGGUGUAAUAUAUAUAUUUUGUGAAUACAUCUCCUGGAAGUUUUUCUAA